GCAGGCAGGGGGUGGGGGAGGAGCGGGAGCGGGAGGGAGGGUGCAGCUGGCGGCGGGGGGAGGGGCAGCGGCGGCGGGAGGGCAGCAGGGGGCGCAUGCGGGCGGAGGAGGAAACCAGCCGGCUGCCGGUCCCCAAGGCGUCCGCUACCGCGGCCCCCCGCCCCGCUACAUGCCGCCCCCCGACCUGCACCCCCACCCGCACCUCCACCCGCCCGGCCUGCGCCGCUCCCAGUCCGCCGGCUGCCCCACCCCCACCGGCCUGCGCCUGGCCGUCACGGUGCGCUCCAUGGCCCCGCACCCGCUCACACCAGAGACACCGCAGCUGCCGGUGCUGGCGGCGGCAGCAGCGGGAGGAGGAGGACGCGCACCACCGCCGCCACCACCACCACAGCAGCACCAGCCUGCCAAUGGGGGUGGAGGCAGCUUGUACGGCAGCGGGCCGUACGGACCGGAACCGUACGGCAAUGAGAUGUACGGCGGGGCGAUACAGUACGACGACAACGUGUUGCUGGCGUUUAGUCAUCACAUACCCGGUCCUGCUGCUAGCUUCCACGAGUGGGAGGACGAUGGAAGCGGAGGCGGCGGCGGGCGGGGCG